ACUCGUCUUCCUUGGUGUGGCAAGCAUCCCAGACAGACACUCCACUGUUAACCAUGGCAGCAGCAAGAGCUCCAGCGGCAUCUCUCCGCUUUGUGUCCCUCAUCAACUUCUUCCUGGUCGUCCUCAGCCACCCGGGACAGUCACACUUGCCGCUGAGUGCAGCAAAUGCUGCUAUGGGUGCUCUGAGCUACGAGGAGUUGACAACCUCCCUCGUGGUCAACCAGCUGGCCAUUGUGCAGAUGAUGCAAAAUGUUUCGGACGCCUCUUGCGCUGUUGCAGAGAUGGGGAGACAGGAGGCGAGGCGGGCGGACGAGGCGGAGGAGCUGGUGGCGAAACUGGAGGCGUUGCUGAAGCCACAUCUGCAGCAGGCGGUGGAGGCAGGACUUGAGCGUCGCCUACAGGAGGUUCUGGAGGCCAUCACCAACCAGAUCAGCACCACCUUCCAGGACACGCUUGCCACUGUUGCAGAGAUGGGGAGACAGGAGGCGAGGCGGGCGGACGAGGCGGAGGAGCAGGCGGCGAAACUGGAGGCGUUGCUGAAGCCACAUCUGCAGCAGGCGGUGGAGACGGUGGAGGCAGGACAUGAGCGUCGCCUACAGGAGGUUCUGGAGGCCAUCACCAACCAGAUCAGCACCACCGCCCAGGACACGCUUGCCACUGUUGCAGAGAUGGGGAGACAGGAGGCGAGGCGGGCGGACGAGGCGGAGGAGCAGGCGGCGAAACUGGAGGCGUUGCAGCAGGCGGUGGAGACGGUGGAGGCAGUACAUGAGCGUCGCCUACAGGAGGUUCUGGAGGCUAUCACCAACCAGAUCAGCACCACCGCCCAGGACACGCUUGCCACUGUUGCAGAGAUGGGGAGACAGGAGGCGAGGCGGGCGGACGAGGCGGAGGAGCAGGCGGCGAAACUGGAGGCGUUGCUGAAGCCACAUCUGCAGCAGGCGAUGGAGACGGUGGAGGCAGCAUAUGAGCGUCGCCUACAGGAGGUUCUGGAGGACAUCACCAACCAGAUCAGCACUACCGCCCAGGACACGCUUGCCAGGAUGACAGAGCUGCGGCAGGGGAUAGGGCUCGAGAUGGACUGGUCUCUUGGGGCGCGCGAACCGGAGCAAGAAGCCACACCCACCGAGGCCACACCUGCUUACCUUGCUACCAUUGUCCACAACGACACUCAGCCUUCCUUAUGCAAAGGAGCCAAAUUUCUGGUGGGAUCGAUCGGAUCCCUUGAGGUGGUUAAGAAUGAUAAUUAUCCAAGUGGUUUAAUCUGCUCCUGGAACAUCACCCUUCCCGUCAAAGCUCCUCUGAGCCUCACGUGGGAGUACAUCGACAUGGAGCCACACAGCUCCUGCAACUAUGACUGGGUGAAGGUGAACGAUCUUAGCAACGGCGGCGCCUCCGUGUUCGGGGCUGGGCUAUGUGGCACCUUGUCUCCCUCGAUGCUCAAGAUGCUGAGUGUGGUGCUGCCCCCCACCAAGAACAUCCUCGUUUCCUUCCCGACGGCUCCAACGAGGGGGGAGGAUUCAAGCUGAACUACCAAGUGCAGACUAAGAGACGCUAACCACGUGGAUCUUGGCGAAAAGACGAAUAAGCUUCCACUCAUGAGGAAGAGAGGAAAGGGUUAAAGUUUCACUACAGUAGAAUGUACUCAUUGGACUUUUAUUUUACGAAAAUUAGAUUAAUCGAGCUAUACAAACUUAUCAGGGAAACAUUUUUUGUUAAAUUCAGUACUUUUAAGUUAUGAUCUAUUUUUUGUUUGAACAAUUAACAACAAUUAGGACAUUUAUAAUAUAAGAAAAGAGCGUCAGUUCGUACCGUAAACAGUAUCUUUUGUUUUAAUUGAUAGUCUUGUUCUCGAGCCCAACGGGACGCCCAGCUAACUCAUGGAUGGGUCAAGUCGACCGAUCCUGCCAGGAGAGAUUUGGGACGGAUAGGGUUGGUACGUGGGAGCUUGCUCGGCGGACCGUCGGGAGUGGAGGCGGCGAGUGAAUGAAGCGACUCGCCCUCGGGCAUAAUUAAGCUCCCUGCUAUUUUUUUUAUAGUAGUAGUAGUAGUAGUAGUAGUAGUAGUAGUAGAUACAGUUCCCUAUACCUAUCUUUUACUUAAGAUAAUACGACCUCUGAUGUAAUGACUUUGUGCGCCCGUCAAUUAGUUUACUAAAAAGAGGGUUUGUGCAGCAUCCCAGCCCACUGAUACCAGCCCACCGGCAGCGUUUCGUAAUUCCCGACCGUACCACGCCCUGCUGCUGCCAAGACGACCAUGAUGGCUGAUGGCAAAAGUCUAAAUCUAGGGGCCAUCUUAUAGGAGCUAGAUUUUUUUUUCACGGAUGAAAAUAAAGAUUAAUGUAAAUUUCUAGUAGUAGUUAAAAUAUAUGAGGAGAUAGCACACCACGUAGCCUAACCCUGGAACUUGUUUCCCGGAAGGCAGAGAACUCGAUAGUAUUAAUGAAUGGCUAAAGCUU